GCACUAUCGGGUCCAUGAUGGUCGAGGCGCUGUGCGCGCUGGCGGUGAGUGCGAGCGCGAUGAUUGACGUGACGCCGCUGCCCUGGAACGCGUGCUCGCUCAGCAGGAAGGUCAAGUAGACGGCGCACAGCGAGACCAGGGGACCAGCGCGAACGCCGGAUCCCCCAUCGCAAAAAUUGCAUGCCCCAACUACCCCUAUUUGGGGGGGAGUGGCGAACCUCAGCGAACCCAUAGUGCAAUGGUGUGCAGGGGACGGGAGUGAAAGAGUGGAGAAGCUGGAGGUGGCGGACGAACUAUCCCCGCAGGGAGUGCCAAUGACCUGUUCACUUGCAUUCUUUGCGGAACUGAUGCGGUACUUCGGCUACAACGUCGAAGUCCACAAGGUCACCACGGCGGACGGCUACAUCCUAGAAGUGGACAGGAUACUACCCAACUCGAAGGAUAACAGAACAGAACAGCGGACGCCAAUGCUGCUCGUGCAUGGUCUCCUGGCAAACGCCGUGUCCUGGGUGGCAAACCUACCUUCGCAGAGUCCAGGCUUUCUCUUGGCUGACGACGGAUUUGACGUAUGGCUUUUAAAUGAGAGAGGUGUGCCGCAGUCCAACUACCACGUUAAUCUUACCACAAAUGACCCGAAGUUCUGGAAAUGGAGUUUCGAGGAGAUUGGCACGUUCGACAUGCCUGCCACCAUCGACCACAUCCUGAACGUGACAGGAUUCUCCAAGGUUGGCCUCCUAACCACGUCGCAGGGGACGACAUCGUCACUGGUGUUAUUGUCGAUGCUACCAGAGUACAACGACAAGGUGAACAUCUUCGUCGGCUAUGCUCCCGUGGGAAACCUCACGUACUUCACCUCGCCGGUGAGGCUGCUCAUUCCGUUCGCUGAAGAAGUCAAGGGGGUCAACGACUUCAUCACGCGUGGUGGGUUCCUGGUGACGAACACCGUGCAACAAGCAACGCUCGCAACGAGUUGCGACAGCGUGAUUCGUGAAAUCUGCUACGCGCCACUGGCCAUCCUUUUCGCAAAGAAUCCCAAACAGCACAACAGCACGAGGGUGCCUGUCUACGUGGCAAACUUACCAGUGGGCUCCUCCAGCCAAAACCUGCUUCACUACGCCCAGGUUUACCGGGCCAAGAAUCUUGUUAGAUUCGAUUACGGAGAGGAGGAGAACAUGGUCAAAUAUGGACAGGCUGACCCACCACCAUAUCCUUUGGAGAAGAUUCGAGUGCCUUUCGCAAUCUAUCAGGGCCUGGGUGACAUAUUCGCCGAUCCCCAAGACGUGGACGACCUAGCAGAGCGGCUACAAGACGUCCUCGUGCUGAAGCAGGUGAUGCCGGAUCCGCAAUUCGGCCACCUCGACUUCAUCUUCGGCUACAAUGCCACUGACAUUCUCCACCGCCACAUGAUAAACCUCGUCUCAAACUACACAUCCACGAGCACUUGACUGUGCUUCUAGACCUGGUACCGUUCUUUAAAAAUGCGCUUAUAUCUGCGUAUGUCAUCUCUUGUGGCAUAUAUGUGCGUAGUCAGUGUUUGUGUACCUCUGCCUCAAUCGACUGGUUUCAAGUAAACAUUUCG